AUGACCUUCAUGACAUGCGACACUCGACCUAACACCGUAUGGAAUUUUGGUACAAUAAGUGGCACCUCUUCAUCAUUUCUGUUCUUAACGAUGACAGUACCACUUCAAAAUAUCACAGCUGCGGGGCGGAGUUGUCGGUGCUAUAUGUUUGGCGAUCGUCGUUAUCGGUCAUUAAAAUCAUCCAUGGUUUAG